AAUUUGUGUUCCUUCUGGCGGAAAAAUGGCACCUGGACCAGCCGGCAAGGUACCAGGCGGUGGAGUUACUUGAAAGGUUUAUGAUCAAGCAAGUAGAACAAAUCUCUAAGUGCUCCAGAGAGAACGUUAAAAGUCGUGGACAAGGACAAGGGAGCAGCCGGAGCUCUCUGAAAGAUGAGAUCUAUGACACAUUUGUCCUGCGACUCGUGUCGUGCAUUCAGCUUGCGAGCAAACUUUCUUUACACUACAAUAUAGUUAACAGUGACACAGCUUUGAAAUUUCUGCAGUCCUUAAAAUACUCAUACACGAAACAGGAAUUGCUUGAGUCUGAGCUUGCUGUUUUAAAAACUCUGCACUUCCAGAUCAACAUGUCGACUCCCUUGGCUUAUGUGGAAUUGCUUCUAGAGGUUUUAGGACAUAACGGCUGUCUGCUUCCUGCAAAGCCACUACACCAGAUGUGUGUGCAACUACUAGACUUCUUCUAUCUUACAAGAGACUCCAUCUACGACACUUUGCUGAAGAUUGCCAUUGAAAAUUCAACACCAAGCAGCCUGCAGGUAGCAAAGUUUUUGACAGUAAAGGAAGACUUCAUGCUCUUGGCUGUCGGAAUCAUCAGCACAAGCGUGUUCAUACUAAACCCUGGGCACUGGAAGCAGGUUGUGGAACAUUUAAACUGUAUCACUGGCAUUACUUCACAAAGUAUCUUAGAAUUUUCUUACGCAGUACUGGACCACAUCCUCGGCAGCACCACUCCAAGGCAGCGCUACGGGAACUGUGGAACAAAAGUGCCAGAGAAUUAUUCCUCUUAA